UUUGACAGAAAAGUAAGAAGGAAAAGGAAGGGAAAAUAGAGCAGUAUCUCUCUCUUCUCACCUUUUCUCUCCACACCAGUUUCUAAAGCUCCACCUCCGCCUCCGCCUCUGUUCUCACUGUCCAGCCACCGCCAGCCCACACCAUCAGUCUCCUCCCUAAAUCCCAUUCAAUUCAUCCACCCUCAUAAAUUCAUAUUGAAGGUUUGAGUUUCCUUCCAACUUCUUGUUCUUGCUUUUAAAACUAGUAUUGAGCCUUACAGUGGGCGAUUUGGACUCUAGGAUUAUAAUUCUAAAUUCACUUGAGGGAUAGAAACCAGUAAGAAUUCCAUAUGUGAUACUUGCAGAAUGGCGAAUGCCAUUUUCUGCAAUUACAUCCGGCAGUUGCAGAGAUAUGCACCUAGCAUCUCCUCGAUCUUCAUUGUUGUUGAAACUCCAAAAGCUUCUUGUUCAUACUCAUCAGCACCCAUUAAUCGUAAUCAAGAAGAUGAACGAGAGUAUGGAUACAGACAAUACGACCGUGAGCCAAAGGAGAAAGCAGAACCUUCUAUUGGUUCUCCAGCUCGAAUCCAAAAGUUGAUAGCUUCUCAAACAGAUCCACUUCUGGCAAAGGAAAUCUUUGACUUGGCUUCACGUCAGCCCAACUUCCGCCAUUCCUAUGCUACCUAUCACACCCUUAUUCUCAAACUGGGCCGCUCUCGCCAUUUCUCUCUCAUGAAUGCGGUUAUCUCAAGCCUCAAGUCUCUUGAUUAUUCCAUUUCCCCUUCUCUCUUUACCCACAUCAUCCAAAUAUAUGGUGAUGCAAACCAACCGGAGAAAGCUCUCAAAACAUUCUAUACAAUUCUUGAAUUCAAUAUUAAGCCCCGUCAGAAACACCUCAACUGCAUCCUCGAAAUCCUUGUUGCUAACAGUAACUUCCUCCGCGCUGCAUUUGACCUGUUCCGGGCUGCCCACAGAUAUGGAGUCUCCCCCAACACAAAUUCCUACAAAAUAAUGAUGCGAGCCUUUUGCCUGAAUGGCGACUUGAGCAUUGCAUAUACUUUGUUCAAUCACAUGUUUAAGCGUGAUGUUCUUCCUGAUGUAGAGUCAUAUCGGAUUCUAAUGCAAGCACUGUGCAGGAAGAGUCAGGUGAAUAAAGCUGUUGAUUUACUGGAGGACAUGCUAAACAAAGGGUUUGUGCCCGACAGUUUAAGCUACACUACUCUUUUGAAUAGCUUGUGCAGGAAGAAAAAGCUGAAGGAGGCGUACAAGCUUCUUUGUCGGAUGAAAAUAAAGGGAUGCAAUCCUGAUAUUGUCCAUUAUAAUACAGUUAUCUCAGGUUAUUGCAAAGUAGGGUGUGCUGCUGAUGCCUGUAAGGUUCUUGAUGACAUGUCUUCAAAUGGGUGCUUACCAAAUUUGUUAUCAUAUCAAAAUAUAGUGGGGGGCUUGUGCAAUCAGGGCAUGUACGACGAGGCCAAGAGGUAUAUUAAGGUAAUGUUGUCCAAGGAAUUUCAUCCUCAUUUUUCGGUUAUACAUAUGCUUGUACAAGGCUUCUGUAAACUUGGUAAACUAGAGGAUGCUUGUGAAGUGUUGAGUGAGUUGUUGAGGCAUGGGAGCGUUCCACAUACCGACACUUGGGCUGAAAUUGUAGCGCGGAUCUGUGAGGAAGAAGAUGCAGAAGCAUUAGAAGAAGCGUUAAAACAGGCUGUGAAGGUGGAGAUCAAGUCUGAUACUAGAUUAGUAGAUGCUGGUGCUGGCUUGGAGGAAUACUUGAUGAGGAAAAUAAAGAGUAGGUCAAGGCCACGUUAGCCGCGGUUGCUCAGUAGGUCAUUUAUACAGUCAAGGGAACUGAAGCCCAAAUUGUUCUGUAGUUCUAAUGCUCAAGUUAUAUUUGUAAGUCCAUUUAGCAUAA